ACUGUAAAGCCCCACCUGAAGCGCCACCUGGAAGUGCAAAAAAGCAGAAAGGGACAAGACAUGAAAAACAUGGACGGUUUGUGGAGAACUGACUGGUCAUCACAACCCAGCUUUUGAGUCCUGCAUUUUGACUGGUCUAUGUUUUCUUGAUCAUCAAUUGGCCAUCACAGGCUUUUUCUCAUAAUGGCUGGCUAGCUAGUGACCUUCAGAAGCAGUGAGGAAAAUCAGAUGUGAUACAUACAGAAAAAGAGCAUGGUCAGAUGUACCCAACUGUUACUAGUGUAAAUAUUCUCACAAUCAGGUCAGGAAAGUAACAUUGUCAAGAGAUUUGGGUCUUAUACAGAGGCUAGAAAAUGGUUCUGAAUGUGCACUGAAAAGUGGCAGACACAGAGCAAGUCAAGUGUUUUCAAAAUGUGACAAAAUCAGGGCGAAUGAAAUUUCUGAAAAUGUGAAUAUUGCUUAUAAUGCCAGCCAACUAUAAUCAAAAUGAGAAAAAGAUGAGGCAGAAAAAGAUUUUUUUAUAAAAAGGUGAAUCCAAAGGGGCAAAAGAAGUGUUCUAGAAAGUUGGCUAAAGCAUUGAAAAUCAAGUGUACUCUAAAAGAUGCAUUAACGAAACAAGUCCGGUGUAGCCAAACGGUGAUUACAAAAUUUAAGAGUCAAGUCAAAUGUACUCAAAACAAGACAACAACAGAACAGGUCAAGCAUAGAAAAAAAACUGUGACUACUGUAAGGAAAGACAAUUGUACUCAAAACUGGACUCAAAUGGAACAGGCAGCAGCCAUUGAUUCACCCAGUUCGGCCCAAAGUGGUGAUAGUGCAGCUCAAAGUCCAAAGACAAUCAAUGUUCUUCCAAGGAGCCCACUAUUACAUAUCCCACAGAGUGUGGUACAGACCCUUAAGAUGGCUUCCAAAUACACUAUAAUUCCUGCAAAGGGACGGAUGAUUCUUCUCAACUCUCCUGUCUUGCUACACAGGGAUGCACUUGUGGAGGCCAGUCUGGAUGCUAUAAAACAGUCACAAGAGGCCGGAGUAGUGGACAUGACCGGUGACCAGGAGACGCCAGUGUUUGAAGUUAUUCAGGAACCAGAAAAGAAGAUUUCAGUUUACGGAGAUGACACUGUUGAGAAAACCAAUGAUAUUGAUGAUGUUAUUAAUGACAUGAAGUCUAAAUUACCAAAAUCAAAGGAUCCAAAAAUAAAACUGGUUUAUAAAUCAAUUUCUAAAUCUAAGUCACACAGCAGUGACACGUCAUCAUUUAAGUCACACAGCAGUGACACAGCAACAUCUAAGUCACACAUCAGUGACACAGCAACAUCUAAGUCACACAGCAGUGGAACGUCAACAUCUAAGUCACACAGCAGUGGCACGUGAACAUCU